AGUGAUCACUGUCCCAACGUGCAGUGAGUCAGGGAACUUACCAGUGCCCGAAUUCGUGUACACGAUCUACUGAUUCACGAGCUAGGGAGCUGAUUGAGACGCACCCUAAGAUUACGCUCCUAUUAAAUCAAGGUUAUUUAAACAUCAGGGUUUUCCUUGAAUUCCUUUCAAGUGAGUACACAUGCAGUAUUGUCAGUCAUUUUUGCUGUGGCGCGUGACACCAGAAGGCUCAUACCAACACAAACCUGUCUCACCUGUUACACACUUAUCUCUCCUUCUCAGGGUAUAACGUGUCUUGACUAGCUGAGAAUUUUUUUUUUACCAACAAUGCUAAUGUUUGACUAGAAAGAAGGAGGUCCAACAAAGCUUUUGCUGUCUCUGGAUUGUGUAAUGCCACUAAAUCAAGCAGGGAUUCCAUGACACUUUGAGAACUGAACAGAAUCUUCAUUGUCAGACUUGGUGCUCUAAACACAGCUUUCAAGGGGCCAUGGAGGUGCUUGUGCUUCUGGACUUUGAGGCGACAAUGUCAGAUGAGUUGACGGUGCAUGUGGGAGAUGUGGUGAAGAACGUCUCAAAGGGUAAAGAGGAAGGGUGGCUGGAAGGAGAGCUGAGAGGAAAGAGAGGCAUGUUUCCUAGCAACUUUGCCAAGGAAGUGCCUGUUUACUUAAUAGGGGACAGCAACAGAGAGCCAAGAAGCAUGAGGAAAUGUAAGUUUCCAUUAUAAGUUAAAAAACAAACA